AUCUUUGAAAGAUUGGCAUACAGCUGGGUAAAAGUACAAAUUCUUAAACCAUACCGCAACCUCAAGGCAGGGAUCGAACCCCUAACUUAAAUCGAAGCCAUUUAAAAACCGAAACUUUGAAAAAAAAGAAAAAAUGAAGGGACAUUAGAGAUGAUUCGAGUGGUGUUCAACCUGGUAUUGACCGAGAUGGCCUUGAUUUUGGUUUUACUGUUCAGAACUCCAUUCAGAAAGCUCAUAAUCAGUGGAUUGGACAGAUUGAAGCAGGGGAGAGGGCCUUUGGUGGUCAAGACCGUUGCCGCCACCAUGCUGGUGCUCUUCGCCUCAACUCUCUACAAUGCGGCGGAAAUCCACCGGCGAACGGCGGAGGCCGGCUUCCUCAGCCAGACCGACGAGGUUCUCAUGGCUCAUCGCCUUCUCGAAGCCUCCAUGAUCGGAUUCUCGCUAUUCCUCGUGCUGAUUAUAGACAGAAUACAUAAUUACAUCAGAGAGCUUCAUCGACUUAGAACCAAUUUGGAAGCAAGAUCUGAAGCACGCACAUGAAAAACAUCGAAAAAUCAGAAUUUUAUUUUAACUUUGUUUUCUAUUAUCUGUAAAUGCAAUAUAUUACAUAAUAUUGAAUAUACCAAUUAAUU